CACUCAGCACAGAGACAUCAAAGAGUUUGUAAGACCAAAAAAAAAUGGUGAAAUCAAAGAAAGAAGAUCUAAAUCAGUUUCUGAUUUCUCAUCUCAACACCAUCUAUGAUACUCUCCAGUUGUUCGAUGGAACAGCGUCUCCUACAGCGGAUAAAUUUAAUUGGAAUGAUGUUCUUCAGAUGUCUGAUCACCUCUCUAAACAAGCCACCAUAGUGGGAAUGCUAUGGACUGGAGAAUCUCCAAAAGCUGAAUCACUUACAGAGACAAUGGAGUCUUACUUCAAUGCUCUUCAAGGGUUUUUGCUUUGUUGCCAUGGAAGCACAGUUGGUGCUGGUACUACUUUGUCUUCAAUCAUACAUGUUUCUGUUAAGCAAAUCGUCGAUUCCAGCUUCAGAUUGUUGCAGGGUUCUGUCUGCUUAUACGAGGGAUCAUAUGAAAAGGAUAAGAAGCCUUCUAUUCCUCAGCUUUCGGGAGUGGUGUGGGAGGCAUGCUCCAGUUUCAAGAAGGUUCCUGCAACAAACAUUACUGCUAUUGGUAGGGCUAUUACACAAGUUGCGGUGUCUAUGAAGGAUGUUCUUAGGGAGAUGAAAGAAGUGAAGCCAGCUUGUCCUUCAUCUGAAUGUGAGGCAUCUGGUGAUAAUAUGUCAGGUGAUGAUGAUGAUGAAGAUUUAGGCGAUAAUUUGUCUCCUGAAGAAAUGGAAGUUGCUACAAUUGUUGCUGAGAUUGUGUCUGAGACGAUCUCGGUGAUUAAAGAACUCAUUCGAGUUAUCAGUGGCAUGAUUAAGCUGGAGAAUCCGAAGGAUAAUAGCGGGUUUGUGGAGUCGCUUGAGAAGCUACUGAAGCUGUGUCGAGGAACCGGAGUACAAAUCGAUGAGCUUGGAGCUUGUGUCUAUCCACCUCAGGAGACUGAAAAAAUGAAGCAAACUGUGAAGAUAAUACAGGGAAACCUUGACGAAGUUGAGGCUGAAGUUAAGGGUUUGAAGAGUUCCACAGAUGGAUUUUCGGGUGCUUGCGGAAAGCUGCGAAACUUGUUGAAACAUAUGGAAACUGAAUUGGGCAACAGAUCCGAAGCAGAGCUAGUUGUUGAAAUGCAGAAUGUUACUCUUGGCAAUUAGAAAGUUUGGAUUUCUGCAAUCGAGUUUGUUUUUUGUUUCAGUAGCUAGCUUCUGUUGGAAAGUGUGGCUUCUGUUAACAUUCAUGUAAUAUGUAUUGUUCAAUGUGUUUUUGAAUACGUUUCCUCAAUUUAUAGAUAUGGAGCUUAGAUUUUGUUUAGGUAUCUUCCCAACUUGGAAUUUCAUUUUGGAAAUUAGAUA